AAAGGGCACAAGUCAAUUUUAGCCAUUUUCGGGUUAUGUAUGAAUUUUAUAGGAAAUUUUGUGCUGCGUUUAGUGGUACCACUGUUUUUAACACAUCUCCAAUAAUUAUCAAGUUAUUUGAUAGUGCGAUAAGUCAUUAGUCAUGAUUAUAUAAUUUUCUUGGUGUAAAAGGGCUUAUGUCAAUAUCACGUUAUGUGUAAAAGGACAAUAUUCGAAAUUGUGUAUGCGGCUUUGUGCAAAAGGACACAAGUCAUUAUUUGAAGAAUUAUUAUAUUAUUAUUCUGUUAUUUUGAUGUCUGGUUUGUGUAUAGGAAAGUUACUUUGUCCAUAACAGUUUGAUCUCUUUGCUAUAAAUCUAAAAUAUUAUCUAAUAAAAAUCUCUUAGAUCUAAAUACAUAUAAUUACAUUUUUGUGUAGCAUUGCUGAACAUUUUAAUAAAUAUGUCGAGAAGAACCAAUAAGAUAUUAGGACUAGUAAGUGAUUCUAAUGGUUGUAAUAUUAAUUAUAAAGUUCCUAAAGCACACGUGCGUAGAAAUUUAAUCAGAGAGCUAAACUCAACAAAACACACUUCAUUUUACAAUUGUAAAAAAAAUGUAUCAGAAUGGAUUAAUAAUAACGACAGUGCGAAAUAUAAAAAGCAAGACUGUAAUUUUGUAGAUUUGGAAACUAUUAAUUCACCUGAACAUAUUUUAUCUUUAGUCAAAGAUGAUGCUAAUAAGGUUAUUGAGAAUGCUAAAAGUUUAAAUGAAGACAUACCUAUGCAGGAAGAUGAUAUAGGAAUAGGAUAUUGUGAUGUUAUGAAUAUAGACAACUUUGAAUAUAUAUUUUUAAACGAACCUGAACAAGCUACAGUCAAUAUUCAAAACAAAAUAAUAUCAAAUACAAUUUUUGAAUCUGAGACUAUAGAAGAAGUUGAACAUUUUCAAAAUGAAUGUGUAGAAACAGUUGAGUGUGUUGGAGUUUUUGAACAUUUGCAAAAUUAUAAUGAACAGGAAAAAGCAAAUGACAUAAUAAAUUAUGUGCCUGAAAUCUGUAUGUCUAUGGUUGAAGAAAAUGUUCAUACACGAAAUGAAAAAAAAAGAGAGUCAUUCCCGAAUGGAAUGCGAUUCGGACCAUGCGAAAAUUGAAAAGGCAAAAAAACGUUACCCCUUCUCCAUAAAUCAUCCACAUGAUUGGUUUAAACUUAUCCAAUGGGCUGGAAAAGAUAAAUUUAUUAACACUGAAAUGAAACAAGAUCAAUUUUUUGAUUUUGGUAAUUUAUUGAAAACAAAAUAUCAAAUGAAGAAAAAAAA